GAGAUGCUGAGAUUCAAAUGGCUUUGACACUCUGACAGCCCCAAAUGUUUGUAGUAGAUAAUGAAAACAUUCGCCUACUUCCAUUUACCUCACAGGAUUCCUUCCUAGCUUAUUAAAUGUACAGACAAAGCAAGGAACUAGUCUGAGAUCCUCAGCUCGGAUGAUUAGUUUGGAAAGACUCUUUCUGGUCCAAAAAGGUUCAGAAAAGCUUCUCAGGACUGACUGGUGUUCUCCCCAUUGGUGUAUUUGAUUCAUUAGCAACACUUAGCCACCAAAUUAAACAUGGCUGCCGGAGUGGCAACAUGGCUACCAUUUGCCAGGGCAGCGGCCGUCGGCUGGCUUCCUCUGGCCAAGAAAAUCAUGCCCAAACCGCCCGUGGACAAAAAGAGCCGCAAUGACGAGAUCCUGUUCGUGAAUGUGAGCGGGCUCCGCUUCCAGACAUGGAAAAACACGUUGGACCGCUAUCCCGACACUCUGCUGGGCAGCUCGGAAAAGGAGUUUUUCUACAACGAGGACACUCAGGAGUAUUUCUUCGACAGGGACCCGGAGAUGUUUCGCCACAUUUUGAACUUCUACCGAACCGGUAAGCUUCACUACCCGAGGCAGGAAUGCAUUCAGGCCUUUGACGAGGAGCUGGCAUUUUACGGCAUCGUGCCGGACAUUAUCGGAGACUGCUGCAUGGAAGAAUACAGGGACCGCAAGAAAGAGAACCAGGAACGUUUGGCUGAGGACACAGAGGCCGAGAAUGCGACGGAUACUCCACUUCCGCCGCACAGCACAUCUCGGGAACGUUUGUGGCGCGCCUUUGAAAACCCCCACACAAGCACCAUGGCUCUCGUUUUCUACUACGUCACGGGUUUCUUCAUCGCCGUCUCGGUAAUAGCGAACGUGGUGGAAACCGUCCCCUGCCGACCCCCCAAAGGCAGCAAGAAAGACUUGCCAUGCGGCGAGAAGUACACGCUGGCGUUUUUUUGCAUGGACACGGCCUGCGUCCUCAUCUUCACGUUCGAGUACCUCAUGAGGCUUUUCGCCGCGCCCAGCCGCUGCAAGUUCAUGCGCUCGGUCAUGAGCGUCAUCGACGUUGUUGCCAUCAUGCCCUACUACAUCGGCCUGGUCAUGCCUGAGAACGAGGACGUCAGCGGUGCGUUCGUCACGUUGAGGGUGUUCCGCGUCUUCCGGAUCUUCAAGUUCUCGCGCCAUUCUCAGGGCCUGCGGAUCCUGGGUUAUACUCUGAAGAGCUGCGCUUCUGAGUUGGGCUUCCUCCUGUUUUCCCUCACCAUGGCCAUCAUAAUAUUUGCCACCGUCAUGUUCUAUGCCGAGAAAGGCACCAAGGGAACCAACUUCACCAGCAUCCCAGCCUCCUUCUGGUACACCAUAGUCACCAUGACAACACUUGGGUAUGGAGACAUGGUUCCAAACACCAUCGCUGGAAAAAUCUUCGGCUCUAUCUGCUCUCUCAGUGGCGUGCUGGUUAUCGCCCUUCCUGUACCCGUCAUCGUGUCCAACUUCAGCCGAAUCUACCAUCAGAACCAGAGAGCGGACAAGAUGCGAGCCCAGCAGAAAGUCCGACUUGCCAGGAUUCGCUUGGCCAAGAAGGGAACCACCAACGCCUUCCUACAUUACAAAGAAGAAGGAGGAUUUCAGGAUCGAGACAGUGACAAUGCUCUGUGUCUGAAGAACAGAUCUUCCUUUGAGCACCAACACCAUCACCUGCUGCAUUGUCUGGAAAAGACAACAAACCAUGAGUUCACAGACGAGUUGACGUUCAGUGAGAUGUGUAUGACUGAGUCGGUGGGCUAUCGCACGAGCCGCAGCACUUCCAUCUCCAGCCAGCAGGGGGUGUCGACGUCCUGCUGCCCCCGCAGGGGUAAGAGAAGAGCCAUCCGCCUCGCCAACUCCACCGUAUCUGUGAGCCGGGGCAGCAUACAGGAGCUGGACACUCUGCAAGUGCACAAAACCUCUGCUGGACCCCAAAGCCGCUCCAGUCUCAACGCCCGGACAGAAGACCUGAAGCUAAACUGUGAGGAUCGGGAUUUCACAGCGGCUAUAAUCAGUAUACCCACCCCACCCGCCAACACCCCUGACGAGAGUCUGCCGCCCUCUCCUGCCAUUCCCGGAAUCUUACGCAACUCUCGCUCUACUUUCUUCACCCAUGAGACAGUGAAGAUCUCCUCCUUAUAACCGCCACAAGCACACAAGCAUCCCCUACUGCACAAAGGAAAGGAAGUGAUGCGGGCUUCUCCUAGGAAAGAUCGCAAACGCCACAGAAAAGACAAAGUGCAUCUCGUAACAAAUCUGCUUCAUUCCAAAAUCGACAAUUCGAUGUGGACUUGCAUGAGCUGACGUGCUUUUUGUGACCCCGGACAAUUCACGCAAGACUGACGGUACACGUUUGGGGGAGAUUGAAAAGAUGAACUCAAUCGCAUUUUACGAUAAAUCAGCAGUUGUAGUGGCACAGAAGGCCUUUUACUUUUAAAGAUAUGCAAUGUUUCAACAAGCAGGAAUUAUGCCUAUACGUCCACUGCGUAAUACAGUUGCAGGAGAGAUUACAAAAGGCGUAAAUUAUCGUAAAGUACAUCGAUAUAUCGAACCCGUAGAUCUUUGCAGGGAAAAAUAGAACGGCCGAGAUGAAGGAGGUGGUGUAUAUGUAUCAAUAUUUGUAUCAUACCUCUUUAGAUCACAUGCAUCUUCAAAACCCCACAAAAAAAGAUGAGGAGAUUUCUGACCCAAACAUGCAUGUUGUUGUAUAGUAGAUACCAUGGCAGAGAAUGGAGCCGCCAACAUGCUACUCUCACAUACUUUUGCAUGGUACUUCUUUUACCUCCUUUUCGUUUGUCCUGUUUUCUUUCUUGACAUUGAUGAAAAAAGAUGAUAUUUACAGAGUAUUAAUGAUCAAACAUGUUGCACCAGAUGUGCACAUUAGAAAAAAAGAACGAUAAACAUUCAAAAAAACAUUCAGGCAUGUUCUUUGCAAAAAUCUGAGGUCGGCAAUGAGUGUGAGUAUGUGUGAUGGGCGACUGGGAAGGACUUGUGUUAUUUGAUCACAGAUAUGCGUGGAUACCGUUGUAGGUAUUUUUAUGUGUUUUCUCCCAUGGGAAAAUGAAAGGUUUCUAUAGCAUUUUAAAGCGAAUGGAGGGCGUUUACCACUGUCAUCGAGUUUUACUGCAGUAAUUAGAGUCACUUCAACUUAUUUUUCAUUUGGAUUGGUAAUUAAGUGUAACCUUUAAAACCUAGCUAGCUAUUUUAUACAAUAGCUUAUGCAUCGAACACGGCUAUGUAACGGUCCAGUGAAGCAUUUC